AUGUCGGUGAAUCCGUGCAAGCACGGCGACCGGGAGAAGGACCAGAACAACAACUUUGUCAACGCGAGCGCCCACGGUGGGGCGGGCCACGAUCGGGAGGGUCGGGCGCGCAGGGCCGCCACCCGUGCGUCCGCGUUCGCCGGCGACGAGCAUCCGCAGACGCGUUCGGUCGGUUCCCGGUCGGCCACCAGCUACGGCUAUGGGAACGGCCAGCAGGGGGCGCACGGGGGCCAACCGGCGGCACGGGCCGGCGGUGAGGGAACGGGCCCGAUGGGUGGUGGCGGUGCGGGUGGUGGGCCGGGCGGGCCGCAGGUGACCGCCAAAGUGAUGUGGGGCAAUGUCAGUGCCAUCAAGGAGCUGCGCGACAAGGAGCAGAGCGAGCGGCAGCUGGGUACUAGGGCCGCUGGAAGGCGGCAGUGA